GGCGCGGGCGGCGGGGCCCGCCGGUCGGCCGGCGCCAUGGGCACGGUGCUGUCGCUGUCGCCGAGCUACCGGAAGGCCCCGCUGUUCGAGGAGGGGGCGGCCACGGUGGGGCACUACACGGCGGUGCAGAACAGCAAGAACGCCAAGGAGAAGGGCCUGAAGCGGCACUCGCUCAUCUCGGUGCUGCCCUGGAAGCGCAUCGCCGCCGUCUCCGCCAAGAAGAAGAGCUCCAAGAAGGUGCAGCCCAACGGCGGCUACCAGAGCAACGUGACCCACCUCAACAACGAGAACCUGAAGAAGUCGCUCUCCUGCGCCAACCUCGCCACCUUCGCGCCGCCGCCGCCCGCCGCCGCCGCCGCCGCCACCGCGCUCGCCUCGGCGCAGAAGGCGCCGCCGGCCGCGCCCGCCGCCGCCGCCACCCCGCGCCGCGUCGUGGUGCAGGCGUCCACGAGCGAGCUGCUGCGCUGCCUCGGCGAGUUCCUGUGCCGCCGCUGCUACCGCCUCAAGCACCUCUCGCCCACCGACCCCGUGCUCUGGCUGCGCUCCGUGGACCGCUCGCUGCUGCUGCAGGGCUGGCAGGACCAGGGCUUCAUCACGCCGGCCAACGUGGUCUUCCUCUACAUGCUGUGCCGGGACGUCAUCUCGGCCGAGGUGGCCUCGGACCACGAACUGCAGGCCGUGCUGCUCACCUGCCUGUACCUCUCCUACUCCUACAUGGGCAACGAGAUCUCCUACCCGCUCAAGCCCUUCCUGGUGGAGAGCUGUAAGGAGGCCUUCUGGGACCGCUGCCUCUCCAUCAUCAACCUCAUGAGCCCCAAGAUGCUGCAGGUCAACGCCGACCCGCACUACUUCACGCAGGUGUUCGCCGACCUCAAGAAGGAGAGCGGCGCCGAGGAGAAGAGCCGCCUGCUCAUCGGCCUCGACCGGUGAGCGGGGCCCGGCGCCGCCGCCGCCGCCGCCCCCGGGGACGCUCUGGCGGCCGAGCCCCCUCCGCUUCGUGUGUGUCCCCGUCCCCAUCCCCGCGCUUCGCUCCCCCCUUCCCCAAAACAGCCCCCUCACACCCCCCCCCCCGGCCUCCUCCUGCCCCCCCACCCGCCGCCGUCGGGGCGCGGACGCGCGGCUGCCGGCGCAGGGACAAGCGGGGGGGGGGGCGGCGAUUUUUUUUUUUAAAUCGGCUUGAAGGUCACGAGCGACCCCCCCCCACCCCCACCCGGGGCUUUAUCAGCCGUGGGUGAAGCCAGAUGUGCGAGGAGCUCCCGGCUAGACGGGCGUUAUUAGGGCGUUAAUGCAGACAAAGAGCUGGUACGGGGGAAAAAAUAUAUAUAUAUAUAUGUAUAUGUACACACACACACAUAUAUAUAUGUAUGUGUGUGUGAUUUUAUAUAUAUAUAUAUAUAUAUAUGUAUAUGUAUAGAUAUAUGUAUGUGACCGCCCCCCCGGGAGCUGCCGAGCGCAGGGAGCGGCUGCCGGAGUGUCCCCCCCCCCCCCCCCCAAUCUGAGCCAUUGCCCGACGGCGCCGCCGCCGCCGCUUCCCCGCUUAUACCCCGUUAAUUUAUUUAUUUUUAUUUUAUUUUUUCUCUUCGGGAGAGAGAGAGACUCGAC